AUGGAUGUUCCACAAAAAGAACAAAAAAAUCUUGAGGCAACAACAGCCUCGUUGUUCGUAUUAAGAGCAGAACUAUUUCGUAAACGUAAUGAUUUUCAAACGAAAUUAUCUCCAUCGAUAUCGACGACAUCUCAAACAUCCUUAAAAUUGAAAAAUGAUGAACAAACACCGUCAAAGAAAAAGUCAUCUACUGCUAAGGAAGCACCAGAAUCUAUCACAUCAAUAACAUCGCCAGUGUCUCGUGAAGAAGAACUAGCACUUGCUAAGUCACGAGCUAUUCUCGAAGCUAAAUCUAAAAUUUAUGAUCAAUUGAUGAAAGAUGGACAUACAUUACGUGAUGACGAUGGUGAAAUGUUUUUGGUAGAUUUUGAACGAAAAGUAUAUGAAAAUAAUACAACAAUAAUAAAAGAACCAACAAUUAUUUCUGCUAAUAAUAGUGAUAAAGUUGAAUAUGUCGACUCGUUUGGUCGCACACGUUUAUUGACGAGGGAUGAGUUAGAAAAAAAACAACAGUUAGAAUCUUUACAAUCACCACCACCUUCGACUACUAUUGAACAAUCUGAAUCGGAAAUUGAUCGUGUUGAACGUGUACAUCGUGAUCAAAUGCGUGAAAAAUGGGAGCAAGAUAUGCAAGCAAUUCGUGAUAAAACACAAUUACAUUAUCAGGAUAUAUUGUUUGAUGAAAAGCGAGAACAUGGUGUGGGCUAUUAUCAAUUUUCAAAAGAUGAACAGAAACGUACAGAACAAAUGAGUACAUUGAAUGACUUACGAGCCAAAACAAUACAAGAACAAAGAACUAAUUUAUUAGAAAAAGAAAAACGACAUCAAUCAAUGGCAAGCAGAUUAAAUAAAAUUCGACAACGAAAAGCAAAGGAACUUGGGAUUGAGUUAACAUCAGAAAAUGGCGGCACAAUAGAUGAGCAAGAAAGACCAUCAGACAGUCAAUUGGUGGAAAAAGAUCGAGACGAAAUGACAACAACAAGAGCAGAAGAAAAUCUUAUAGAUGAAAGAAUAAACGUUCAACAACUGACUGAAAUACUUUUGCAACCUCCACCACCCCCUCCGUCUGAGGAAGCAUUCGUCGCACAUCAACAAGCGUCCGCUUUUUAUUCAUCCUCAACAGGACAACAGCCAGUUUUCAUUACUGCCCUUUCUCCUACUUUGGCUAUCCCAUUGCAGAUAGAUCAAAGUAAGACGAAAUUAACAGAUGAAAUACUAAAAAAUAUUGAAGAGAAUAAAAGAUCUCUCACUGAUGACAAAGAAGAAGAACGAAAGAGAACAGAAUUGGGAACAAAAACGUUUCUGAAACCAAAGGUACCAUCAUAUGCUGAAUUAAUGGAUAACAUACGAAGUGAACGCAGGUAA